CUUCGGAGGAAUCUAAUAGCAGAACAAUUUAGAAACAGAAGACACCAGACAAGAAAUAUAGAAGCAGCUGUAAAAGGACAGGAUCCACUGCUCCAUUCAAUACUCCGUCCAUAUUUUUGAUGAAUUACGCCUGGAUUGGGGGUCUUUGGUGACGCAACAGCACGGGCUCCAGAUGCAGUUGGUCCGAACCUUCACCAUGUUCAAGGCUAUUGCAAAAUGUUUAAGAGUACCUUCAGUUCUAUUAUUAGCUUUCAUCAUGUUGUUAAGCUUCACUAUUCACUGGGUUUUAUUAAAGCCUCUAGAAUGCAGUCAUCUUCACGUAAAAUAUACAAAGCCACCUGCUACAUUUACAGACAAUGAAGAAAGAAUAACAGAGAUAUUCAAUGCCAUCAGUCAAAAAGUCCCCAGUGUUUCUUUCACGCAUAUCAAUUCUACAACCAGUGCUAAGAAUAGCAGAGGAAUAGUAUUGGAUUUAAAGAAACAGUACUGUGUUGGAGACUUCUUAACUGUCCAGGUUACCAUGUUUAAUCAUAUUGGCAAAGAAAAAACCUAUGGUGGGGAUUUCUUGAGAGCAAGAAUUUUUUCUCCAAAAGUUGAAGCUGGAGCUUCAGGAAGAAUUGAAGAUCUAAAUAAUGGAACAUACAAGGUUCAUUUUACCUUAUUCUGGGAAGGAAACAUAAAAAUAUCAAUUCUUUUAAUGCAUCCUAGUGAAGGAGUGUCAGCUCUAUGGAAAGCAAGAAAUUCUGGGUAUAAAAACAUUAUCUUCACUGGACAUUAUGAUAACAGAUCUAAGAAGGUGGAGUCAGAAUGUGGAUUUUAUUUAGAUUCAGAUACAGAAAAUUGUGAAUAUGGGGCUAAGGAAGAUAAAGACUUUUUUUACUGUAUCAAACCUCAUAAUGUGCCUUGUGAGUCUCUAAUUGCAGUGACAAGUAAAGAUAGAAGUCAUACGUAUCUUAGUGCAUUGGAGAAGACUCUAUUCCUCAGGUCAAACAUUGGUGUAGAAAUUCACCAAAACCCUGAAAACAUUGAUGUUGUGAGUUGUAAAAGAAACAGGGAGGAAGUUAAGCCAAAAUGCUCAACUGGAAUGUUUCAACCAUUCCCAAGUGGAUAUUUCUUGAAUAAUGUUUGGUACCCGGCUUUCUGCAACCUUUCUACUUACGAUCCUCAAUCUGAUAUCAGCAAAUGUAUCCGUGGGAAAAAGAUUUAUAUAAUGGGAGAUUCAACACUUCUCCAGUGGGCUCAUUAUUUCCCAAGCAUUAUGAACAGCUUGAAAUUUUUUGACCUUCAUGCAAGCGGCUCCUUUAAUACACUCUUGCUUCUGGAUAUGGAAAAAAAUGUCUAUAUUCAGUGGAAAAAACAUGGCCACCCUCUGUUAAUUGCAUAUGCCUUUACAGUCAAAGAUUAUUCUACUGUAAAUCAAGAAAUUGAUAGGCUUGAAGGUGGCCCACAAACUAUUUUUGUCUUUACUUUAGGGCAUCACUUCCGACCAUUUCCUAUCACCUUAUUUAUUAAAAGACUUCUCAAUACACGCAAAGCCAUAGAAAGGCUCUUUCUUCGUAGUCCAGAUACAAAGGUCAUCAUAAGAACAGAAAACACCAGGGAACAGAGUGUGGGCAUGGAUCGAUUUAGCGACUUUCAUGGCUUUAUUCAAUAUCAGUUAACAAAGGAUAUCUUCCAAGGACUGAAUGUAGGAAUUAUUGAUGCCUGGGACAUGUCAAUUGCUUUAGGUACAUUUCAACUUCAUCCUUCAACUUCAACUGUUAAAAAUCAAAUUAACAUGUUUUUAAAGUAUAUUUGUUAACUCAGUAUAAUAGCAAAUAGCCGCUACACUCUGCAUGUAGCACCAGAACCACCAUUGCACUUCAUCAAUCCCUUUUAUGACUCCUGUUCCUUUCUUCUGAUAUUACCUCUAUGUCCUAAGUACCUUCAGCAUUUUUACUUAUCCUCCUCCAGAUUCUUCUUCUUUGCCUUAUCUUUUGGUCUUUAAAAUUAGACAACCUCUGCUACACACUGCAAUAACCUGUCACUUCUCUCCCCGCGGCCUUGCACCCCAUCCCUUACUUAAUCAGAAGUCCCUGCUGUUGCUUCCACUGCUUGGCCUGGCUGCACUGGUAGGACUGGUAGGGCGGGAGAUUAAAAUCUAGUGCAGAUGCGGCUAGGGGGCAGUAUGCUGCCCUAGGCCUGGGCCAGAUGUUUUUGGCUGGGGGCCAGGAAACAGAAGAUUUGCAGUACGUGUAGUGCGGUGCCGCAAUUAUGGGCAUGAACACUUUUUAUGGUCAAGCCUUUUAGACAUUGGUCUGGUAACCCAAGCCAAAAAUCAUUGUAAGAUUAAGUGCAGUUAGCCAACAGAUUGAUGGUUGCUAUGUAUAGGUUAUAUGACCUUUAGCAAACCUGGCACCAGUUACUACAUUUCUGCUUAAAAGUAAAAAUUGAGGGGCUGUAGCCAAGAUGGCAUCUUGUACAGAUGUGUUCUACUGAGCUCCUCCACAGCUUAAUUAUCCUGAGUGCCACAACAGCAGAAAAGACACCCAGUUUGAAAGAUUUAUUUAAAGUGGACCUGUCACCCAGACAUAAAAAGCUGUGUAACAAAAGCCCUUUUCAAAUUAAACAAGAA